GGCGGGACCUCGACGCUUAUAAACAUGGCCGUUAAGCCCUCCACAGCAUCAGGGACUGCGUUUGGCUCAAUUAGUUAGACUUUGAGGAAGUCAUUGGUGGUAACUACUUCAGUAACAGGUGGAAAGAAAAUGUAGACGUUCAUCGGAAGCCUUUACAUUUUUUAAAUUGUUUUAUCUUUGCGUGGCAGCGGUUUUUAUAAACUUUAUGUAGUACUUCAUGCUGGCUAGCUAACCGAGCUAACGCCGACGUCUCAACGUUAACUUCUGUCAACUUUUCCAACCAGCUAGUACCGAAGUCUGCGACUUGACCGCUUAUCGAAAUGGAGGAGUGCCGUCGCUCGUCCAGGCUGUGUCGAUGAAUAUUUUACACACGGACGUCUCGGAUUUACUCAGCUAAGGGCUGACUUAAACUUUAUUGAAGGCUCCUUUUUGGGUUGUUUUUUUUCCACUGGCAGCGGCCAAGCGCUUUGCCAGGUCGCCCGUUUAGGACCAGCACUAAGAGGUCGGACAUAAACAAUGUUUUCUGUCAAACCCAUGAAACCAACCUUCAAGUGCUAUCUUCCUCCUGUGCAGACUGAUGUGAAGAAAACUAUCGAACCACCUAUCAAAAAGGUGGAACCGAAGCUACUACCAGGAGAGAUAGUAGUUAAUGAGGUGAACUUUGUGAGGAAAUGCAUCAGCGCUGAAAGCAGCCAAGAUGACCUUUGGGGCAAGUUGAUAUGUACCAACUUCAAGGUCUCCUUCAUCCCUCAAGAUGCACCACCUAAACAGAAGACCCAGCUGUCCCACCUGCUGCUUGGAGUGCAUGAUAUCCCCCUGACAUGUUUAGAGCAAGUGGUAACAGUGAACGAUACAAAGGGGAAGAAAAAGGUGUUGGGCUCAAACCAGAAGCUGAAGUUUAACCCCACUGAGCUCAUCCUGUAUUGCAAAGACUUGCGCAUUAUAAGGUUCUGCUUUGGUGAGGCUGGGCCUGAGAGUGCCAAAAAGGUUUGCCUUGCUAUUGCCCACUAUACCCAUCCAGCUGAUCUUCAACUGCUGUUUGGUUUUGAGUAUCAAGGGCGACGAUACCAUGAAUCUAAAGAGGAACGAGUCAACGGCUCCACCCCACGAGGAGGAUUACUGACCCCCAUUUUUGACCGUCCAUCUGACUGGGAUCGAGAGAUCAAGCGAACGGGUGCUUCAGAGUGGAGGGUGUGCUCCAUCAACGAGAGUUAUUCCAUCUCACCAAGUCUUCCAGAGUACAUUGUGGUUCCAGUUUCUCUGGCAGAUCAGGAUCUGAAGCAGUACUCAUAUUACUUCACUGAUAAUCGCAUCCCUCUCUGGUGCUGGAAUCACCCUAAUGGGAGCGCUCUUGUCCGCAUGGCCAGCAUAACUGAUCAGCAGCAGAGGAGGAUUGAUCAGAAAGUCUGCACUGCCAUCACAAAAAGCCACCCACAGCGCAGUGAAGUCAUCAGAUCAGAUCUGGACAAGUGUCUGCCUAACAUCCAGGACAUCCAGAGUGCUUUUUUUAAAGUCAAGCAGAUCUGUGUCAUAGAUCCUUUUGAGGAGUCUGAGGAGAGGUGGCUUUCUUCCAUCGAAAACUCACGAUGGCUGGAGUACGUCAGGGCCUUUCUUAAGCAUUCAGCUGAGAUGGUGUACUACCUGGAUGGGAAGAAUGCUUCAGUCAUUCUCCAAGAGGAAGAAGACAGAGACCUGAACUGUGUGGUGUCCUCCUUGGUGCAGCUCAUGUUGGACCCUCACUAUCGCAGCCUCACUGGCUUUCAGAGCUUGGUGCAGAAGGAGUGGGUGAUGGCAGGCCAUCGCUUCUUGGAUAGAUGCAACCACUUGAAGAAGAAUGACAAAGUGGAGUCCCCGCUGUUCAUGCUUUUCCUGGACUGCGUGUGGCAGAUGAUGAACCAGUACCCUGCUGCGUUCGAGUUCACAGAGGCCUAUCUGACGGUCUUGAGUGACAGCAUGUGGAUCCCGCUCUUCAGUACUUUCCUCUUCAACUCUCCUAAACAGCGCGCUCAGCACUUGAUGGACUUUGCCAGGAAUAAAGCCAUCCCUCAAGGGGAAGACCAGGUUGUGUAUUUCCCGCCUGUUUGGGACUGGUCACAACAGUUCUCCAUCAAAGACCAAACCCUCUUUAACAACCCCAUGUACAUAGGCAAAGGAGCCGCCUGUGUUCAGAAUGGGGAGGUGAAAACCUUCAGACGCACAAAGAAGGCCUACAGUUCCACAUUGCGAGGAACCCCUGCAUCUCUGCGUAACGGACUGAAGGGCGGAGAGGAUGCAAUGACCCGGCGGGGCUCUCUGGUGUCGGAGCUAAAGCCGGAUUUCUCACCAGUGAAAGACGUGGAGAGCCCAUCAGAGCGAUUCUUCAGGGACUGGUUCUCUCGGCCUGCUGACCAGCAGGGCCUCCUGAUUCCCCUGCUUGUACCUUCACACGUGGCCCUCUGGAAGCUCUUCUUUCUACGUUGGGUUCCUGAAGCCUGCAUUCCCAAAGGAGGUCCCAUCACCGCCUACCACAAGCUCUCCCAACUGGUCGACGAAAUCGAGAUACUGCAGAGCCACAUCAGGCAGUAUAAGGGACCCAGUCCGGGCAGCACACCACUCCCCAGCCCAAGCGGGCCCCCUUCAGAUCAAAGGAGGAUGUAUUUUAAGGCCAGCUCCCCAAAUGACCCCCCUACACCUCCAGACUUCCUUACCUCCUCCUUUCCUUUCACCCCAAUGGGAAACCUGUGCCGCCGCACUGUCCAUGGGACUCCCAUUAGCAAAUUUCUGAAUGGGGCGAAGAUCUGGCUCUCUACAGAGACUCUCGCUGACACCCCCUGAGGACGUGGGGCUUUAGGGCUCACUUUUCUGAGCCCAGCACAAGAUUCUGUAUCAGUUAAUCAUUUUAUUUUCUAUUACCUCUUUCUUAAAUACUAAGAAGGUGAUUGAUUAAUAGAAAAAAUUAACUUUGUACUUCUGAUUUUUAAUUUAUAAGCUAGAAUUUGCACCAUUGGUGCUGCAAUGAAAUUUCUAAACUGGUUAAUUUCUAAACUGAAGUGCCAUCUAUAGGACUGAAUCAUCAUUGUCCGUUACAGUUGAGGAGUUCACAAUUGCUGAAGCACAUACUCUUUAUUGGCCAGUGAGUUGUUACUGUGAUGUCUCCUCUUACUGUGAAAGAUCGUCAUGCUUAAAGCAUUUUUAUGUAUUUUCUUGUCUACUUCAGCUAAGGUCUUUCUCAAGAUUAAGCUAACUGCUCUUUUUUGCUGAGUUUGUUGCUUUUGGAGAUGUUAAUACUGAGUUGUGACUAGGUUGAGAGCUCCCUCUCUAAGAUUUACCUUUUUGAUUCAGUGAACAUUUUUCAGCUAUAAUUGGAAUUUAACAAAGUAUGCGUGUGGCAUUAAUGGUAUCAGUUUAAUUGUCCUUUCUUUGAAAUCUCAUUGGUCAGUAUGACUUCCCAGCUGUAAUGGAACUGAAAGAUUUCAUCCAAAUAGUGACGCUUCAAAUUAGAAAAUGACAGUUUAUUUUUAUUGCAGCAACAAUGAUGCAUUUCACUGAAUACUGAUUUUUUUUUCUUUUUAAGUACUACAUUGUCAAUUACAUUUCAGGAAAUGUAAUUUAUAAUGUAAUAUUUUAUCUGAUCUUUUUUUUUAUUUCAGAAAGAGGAACAGAAAAUAACACUGCUAACAUGAUUCUACUAUGUGGUAGAAACAACAAAAAAAAAGGAUCUGGCCUGGUUGAAUGUAAUGGGUUGGUUAUUAUUUUUUCUUUUUUUUUCUUGCACAAACUUAAUGCUAUUUGCUCCAAGUGCCCAUAUUUUAGUGGUUGGGUUAGAGUUUCACUGUAGGUAGCAAAUAGUGUGAAUUCAGGGUCUCACUUUGUAGAUUUCCUCUAUUUUUGAAGCAGAGAUAAGGGCCUAUAUUUUUAGUAUCACACUUCAGGUGAUACUUAAAGGGGGAAGUUGAGCUGUGAGGACUUCAAUCUGUGGUAGAUAUUCACUCUUCCUUUUGAAGAGGUUUCAUUAAACUUUUAUAGAGGCCUUCUGGUAAGGCACAGAGGACAAACUAUUCAGAUGAACAGUAGCUGAAUGGGUGAAUAUUUGAAAGCAAAGGGAUAGACAAGGGCUAUGACUCAAACCAGUCCAGAGUUUAGUUAUGUGGUGAACUGGAUCUCAGACACUGAAGUUACUGAUCCAAUGAACAUGACGGCGAUGGGUCAAUGACAUAAUUUCAAGGCAGUACAUGAGAAAACAGCAAUCAAACAUCUGGAAUAGAAAGUGUCAGACAUAACAUAAAACAUGUCUUGCAUAACACAUAAAUAAACUGUGUGUAUUUCUGACAUUUUGAAAUGAAAUAAUAAAAAUCUGUUAACUCACCACAAGCUGCACAGUGUUAGAGAGUGAAAGGGUUUGAAAGAAUGAAAGCAUUAACUGUAUACACUGUUUAACAUACUGUAUGUAGCUAUAGCAAUACUUACAUUUGCUUACUUUGUGUUCCUUUUUGUUUUUCCAGAUAAUGCCACUCUGCUUACAGGAACAAUAUCAUAGAAAACAUGCAGUAAAGUUCCUGUACUUCCUGUCAAGAUAGUGAUGCUCAUGAGUGUUUUAUGAUGCAAAUGUUGACUUUUGGAAUGGGACAUCCUUAAAAAUGUCUCGUUGAGACGUUUACUACUUGCUAAACUAGGGACUGGUUUGAGACGCAUUAGGGGAAAUGGAUCAGCCAUCCAGUGCCCCUUUAAAAACUGGUGAGGAACUAGCACUGUGUAAUGAUUUAAUGUCUUAAAAUAACAAUACAGCAUUUAUUAUUAAAGCCCUUUGUAAUGUUAAAUAUUAGACCACUGGACAGAGUGAACAUCUGUCCCACCAUUACACAGCAGCAUUGAUCCUUAGAUGUUAGAUUGACCAGUUUCCAAUGAUAUUCAGACAAACUCGUGAUUCUUUAGCAAUAACUAGUUUCAGGUAUUUUUAGUAUACAUGUGUAUAAUGUGAGUGCAGAGCCUGCUCUCCCAAAUGCUAACAAUUGCACAUUUUACUCCAUAUAUAGGUUAGUUUGUUUUAAGAUGGUUGUUGAAUAUCAUUUUGGCAGAUAUUAUAAAUACUGUAUAUGCUUGAAAUCUUCCAAUUAAUAUUUUUGAUUCAUGGUACUAAAUAACUUCUAUCCUUGAUUUAGUCUUUAUAUUUUAUCGAGAGAUAUUUAUAUGCCGUGUUCUUCCACUAAUUCACGUCGUUGCACUCUGCUGUAAUUGUAUGAUGACCGUGCUUCCACUUUGGCACAGUUUGAUAUUGAUUAGCAGCAGAUGUAUUUAUUCAGUUAUGCAAAUGUACUCUGAGAGGGAUGCAGUUGCUGCUCUACAUCCCCUGUGCCUUUUUAUUGGGAAGACCAUUUUGUAAUUGUAUUCUAAAUCCUGUUGACUUAUUUUAGUUUUCUAAUUCUGACGGUUUUUAUCAGUUCUGUAACCCGAUAAAGUCAGAGGUACUGCACUGAAGCUGUUUUUCCUAACAGAAAAUAAGGCUCAAAUGUGUACCAGUAACCAAUCAUUACAUUAUUUUUCAAACGA